CAUAACAAAACGAGGAAAAAUCAGGAGUUUUCAUCAGCUGCUGAACACUACUGAAGCUUCACGCUGCAGUAAUUACAGAUGGCGUCAUCAACCGGAGAUAGCAGCGUUCUGGAGGAGGAGCUGACCUGUCCGGUGUGUCUGGAUUUGUACCGUGAUCCACACCUGCUGCCCUGCGGACACAACUUCUGCCUGCAGUGUUUACGAAGACUAAAGGGCCGCUCAGAGCGCGGCCGGUUGCGUUGUCCUGAGUGCCGGCAGACCCACCGCUGUGCUGCCGCUUGGCAGAAAAACUUUAAGCUAGCCAACAUCACUGACGGUUUCCGGCGCCGCAGCCAACCAGAGCGCAGCACACAGAGCCGCAGCGAGCCAGAGCACAGCCGCACAGAAGUGCAGUGCGAUUACUGUCCAGCAGAGGGCGCUGAUGGAGGGAAAGCGGUAAAAACGUGUUUAAAGUGCGAAGUGUCAAUGUGUCCGACACACGUACGGCCUCACCUGGAGCUGCCGGCGUUCAGAGAGCAUCCGCUGGUGGAACCGCUUGCUGACAUGAGCAUGAGGAAGUGCUCCGAUCACGACGAGAUGCUUCGCUAUUACUGCGUCGACGAGCGCUUGUUUCUGUGUAACGCGUGCACCAUUGAGGGAACGCACAGCGGACACACAAUCAAAACACUGAAGAACGCCAUGAAAGACUUGAAGGCUUUUCUGGACAUUCAGCAGCACAAGACAAGUCGGAAACUCCUGAAGGUGGAGCGCAACAAACAGGAGCAAACGGAGAUCGAGAGACACGCAAAGGUCUAUCGGGACGACACGGACCAGCAUCUGGAGGCGUUCAGAGAGAGCUCUGUUGCACAUCUGGACGGUUUUCUGUCUUCUCUGCGUGAUAGCAUGAGCUCGUAUGAUGCGGAGCAGAGUUUAGGAGUCCAGCAGAACCUGAGCCGCAUCUCGCAGGACCAGAGCCGGCUGCAGGAGGUGCGAUCCGGCUUCCAGAGGCUGCAGCAGCAGAGCGACGCCUUCCAGUUCAUCAAGGAUUAUAAUUCAUCUAUGAAAAGGUACCGCAGACUGCUGAGGAAGCCGCUGUUUUUCCCUGAUGAGCCGGCGGUGGACACUGAGCCGCUGUAUGAAACGAUGGAGGGAAAGAUGGAGGAGUUCAUGGCUGAGCUGCGGCAGAGCACCAGCACACUGCUCAACACCGUCUGUGAAUUUGAGGGUGCAGACGGUGAGGAGGAGGAUGAAAAUGAAGACGAGGAGAGUUUUGAUGAGGAUGAUGAUGAUGAUGAAGACGACAGUGAGGAAGAAAUGAGGAGUGAAGAAGAGGAAGAAGAAGGGCAAAUCCUCACAGCGUCUGAUGAUGAAGAUUACACCCCGGAAGAAGAGGAGGAGGAGGAUGAAGACUAGAAGAGGUGCAGCUCCAUUAUAAGACACUUCAGCAGAUAUUUUUGAUUCAAGAUACAUUUAUUCCUGUUUGUAUUC